UACCUGCGACAGUUUUUGCUUUUUAAUUGCUUCGUCUUGGACGAUUUCGUUUAUUUUUUUUUUGUUUUCUCUAAAAUAAUCUGUUAAUCGAAUUAAUUGUUGGUGCAUUUUGUAGCCAUAGCCUUCUAGAGCUCUAAUGUCUACUGUAUGGCUAUAAUAUUUUACCAAUAUUUAAAAGUAAUCGUUAAAAUGCAUUUGCUUUAUGAUAUUUUAAUCAGUUUCUGCUGGUUCAUCUUUGUUAGUGCGUAUCGAAAUCAGCUUUUUACCAUUGCUAAGUUGGAGGAAGGUAGAACUAGAGAAUAUAAAUGCGCUGUAUAUGAAGGAGUUAGGACUAGACAAAAAGAUCAAGGUGAUGACAAAAAUAAUUCAAGAAGAACAUCGCCCUUACCAUCGCAACCUACCGGUUCGUCAGGGACUACUGCUGUAGAAAACCCUUAUGAAGUAUAUCAAAAUUAUCUUCACAAAUUCCUGUACGGAGAGAACAUUGAAAAUGACGUGGAAGUAACUACAGUGGACCAAAAAUUGAUAUGGACUAAUGAAAGUAAUACAAACAGCUACAAACAUUAUGUUGUUGGUAGCUACAUGCGGUCAGAAUUGUUUAAUAACAGAAGCGGUGUCCAUUUUCCUUUCGUGGAAUUCUUGCAUCGAGGCUAUUGUGAGCUGAAGCUAACCAGGGAUUACAUGCAAACUGCCAUCAACGCGUUCGCCAUCUUUCUUUACGGCACAUUGGAUGAUAUAGAACGAUUGCCUGCUGAUUAUGUAUUGCGAUCUUCUCGCACGAUAUCCAUGAUGAAGAUAGCACGUGAGAAACUGGCAGCCACUUGGAAUGUGGUGAAGGCAGGCAGGGAUACUAUAGACAUUUCACACCUAACACUAGAAUUGUAUCGGCCGUUGUUCAAAUACAUCAACGGGAGGGAAAUAGCCAGGCUGAACUUGAGCGAUGAGAGGAUAUUAACUUACAUUGGUACACAUGCUGAUCUAGAUAGACAUCAGGUUGGUGUGGUGACAAACAAGUACAUAGAAAUCAACAAAGACUGGUCCAGUCCCAGAUAUCUUAACAUAAUGAAUAAUUUGCUUUGCGGAGUCCCGAUGACGUUUAUGAGAAAGCUCCCUAUUACCACAUAUUUGCAAUUAUCACAACAGGUGUUUUAUCAUAUUCGAGCUUGCGACCCUUUGCAGCGGCGAUUUUAUCUAGCUAUGAUGACACGAACUAAGGCACUGGGAAAGUGUUUCAGUUGGAAUGCCAGAGACGUGUCCCGCUUGGGCUUGCUAUUGACUGAAGUUGAGGGAACUGAUCUUAGUACGAUAAAUCCUGAAGCUAUAGCAGGAAUCACUGCACAGGUAAUGUUGCAGAUGUCCCCGCAAAGUUUGAAAUACUUAACAGAGAAUCAGUUGAAGUAUCUUGCACCGAAGCCACUGAACAUACUUAGCCGAAAAUUGAAGAUUUAUUAUGAUCAACUCCAGUUAUACGAUUCUGGGUUUCAAAGCAAGUUUGACGUGCCGAUAAUAAUUAUUCUACUAAAUAUUAAAUAA